AUCGGGAGAAAGGUACCUUUGGUAGUAACUGUUAUAAAUCACUGUUACUGUUAUUUUCUCCCAUCACUAUUGGUAUCGAAUUUUGAAUUCCAUGCAACAAUUUAAGUAUGAAGCAGAGUAGUAAUCCUCAGCUGGAAAAAACCAGAAAAUUAGUUCGCACCCAUCUUGAUUUGCAAUUAUAUUCAGCUGCUUUGUUUUGGGCUGAUAAAGCAGCCACAUUAAGUCAUUUUGAACCAAGAGAUGUUUACCAACUAGCUAGUUGUAUGUUCUUGUUAAAACAAUAUCAAAGAGCUGUUGUGCUGAUUAGAAAUAAAGGAUUGGAUAAAACCGAUAUGCUAUGUUAUUAUAUGGUAUUAAGAUGUUUAGUUGAAGCAAAAGACUUUACUGAAGCAGGAAAUAUUAUUAAUUCUGAAAUAAAUCCAACAUCAUGUAAUGUGUCACUUCAACAACAGGAUGUGAAGUCCCAUGACUCUUUGACUUAUUUUAAUGUCCAAAGUGCACUAUUUUGUAUCAAAGGAAAAAUAUAUGAAGCAUUAGAUAACAGAAAUUUUGCAACAGAUUGUUACAGAGAGGCUUUAAGAAAUGAUGUACACUGUUAUGAUGCAUUUCAAGCCCUUAUACAACACCAAAUGUUAACUUCAUUUGAAGAACAAAUGUUAAUUCAGUCAUUACCAUGGAGCAAUUAUCCAAAUGAUUGUAUUACAAAACCAUUGUAUGAAGUGCUACUAAAAAAAUAUCAAGAACCAAAAUUAACAGGCCCAUUUUCACAAUUUGAUAUUCCUGUUGAAUUAAUGAUGGACAAUCUAGAUAUUCAAGAGGCUGAAGCUGAACGUCAUUACUAUGCUUGUGCAUAUAAAGAUUGUUUUCAAAUUACUCAAAGUGUUUUGAAGCAAGAUCCAUAUCAUCCUGAAUGUUUACCAAUACAUAUUGCUUGUUUGGUUGAGUUGGAAAAAUCAAAUGAACUGUUUUAUUUGGCACAUAAAUUGGUAGAUCUUCAACCCGAUCAAGCAAUUGCGUGGUUUGCUGUUGGUUGCUAUUAUUAUCUUAUUGGAAAACGAGACCAAAGUAGAAGAUAUUUAGGAAAAGCUACAAAUCUUGAUAACACUUUUGGUCCAGCUUGGUUAGCUUAUGGUCAUUCAUUUGCAGUUGAAAAUGAGCAUGAUCAAGCAAUGGCAGCAUAUUUCAAAGCAUCACAACUUUUAAAAGGAUGUCAUUUGCCUCUUUUAUAUAUUGGCUUAGAAUGUUCAUUGACAAAUAAUAUUAUGAUGGCUCAAAAAUAUUUAAAAGAAGCUUUAGAAAUGGCUCCCAAUGAUCCAUUUGUCUUACACGAGUUAGGAGUUAUUGCAUUUCAGAGUCAUAGAUAUAAAGAAGCUGAAUCAAGAUUUCUUGAAGCACUUGAACGAAUUAAACAAAUAAAACAACCAAUAAUAUCCAAUAAAUGGGAAUCAUUAUAUAACAAUUUAGGACAUGUAUAUCGGAAGUUACAACAAUACGAUAAAGCUUUAGAAUAUCAUAAACAAGCUCUUGUGAUAUCUCCGAUGAAUACUUCUACUUUAACAUGUAUUGGGUUUGUUCAGUCACUUAGUAAAAAUUAUGCUGAUGCUGUAGACACAUUUCAUAAAGCAUUAGGUCAAAAACGAGAAGAUACAUUUAGUAGUACAAUGUUAACCUGUGUUUUAGAGAUGUGUAUUGAAGAACCACCUUUAUUUAAUGAUUAUCUUGAUGAGGAGAGUGCAGUUGUAGAAAGCGGCGAAGGAAAAAAAUCGAAAAAACUAGAUAGGACUUUAAAAAUGAAUGAUGAUAACGAUGUAAUACUACCAUUCAGAAAUUCCAAAUUGAGACUUUGGAACAGAAGAUUGAGAAAAAAAACUGAAGAUUCUAGCACUACCAUGGAAGAUGACAGUACUGCAAUGGUUAUAGAUUCUAGUUCAACAGCAGACAAUUCUAGUUUUAAUAUGGACUUAUCAACAAAUAUGUCUGAAAAUUCUAACAGUUUUAAAUAGAUUUUUUUUAUUAUUUCUUCUAUUUUUAAAAAUGUAAUAAAAAAAAACCA